AUGGCCGCUCGGCGAAUAGCUGCGCUCCUAGCAACGGCAUCCAUCUUCUCAGCAGCGACGGCAGCCGAGGCUGUUGAGGACUCCAGCUGCGGCUGUUUUCUCUCCAAUGGCACGAAUCCUGGCUACUACGCCCAGCACGCCUUCUUUGACUUUCGGCAGCUGUCGCAGCACGCUGGCGUGCCCGACGUGGUCGAGGACUCCGCCAGCGUCGCCUCCGCGCCGGUGAGCAGCGACUUUUUCAAGUCGGAUGCCUGGACCAGCGUCUGGGGGAUUGAGUCCUGGGACAACAGCAAGAGCAGCCUAUCCAGCGACGCCACCGUCUACAUGAUCAACUCGCCCAGCAACAUUUACAUUGAAAAGGCCAACAGCAGCAGCGGCAGCGACGGCUACGAGGAUACCGCCGCCACGUUCCUCACCAUGCGCACCAAGCGACUGCCGGACUUUCAGACCGCCGCCGAGUUCCAGACCGCCGGCGCCGGCUACCAGUUCCUCUCGCUGCGGAUGCGCGCGCGCACCGUCGGCGCGCCCGGCGCCGUGACCGCCAUGUUCACGUACCGCGGCGACGACGACCCGGCCAAGGUGCAGGAGGCCGACGUUGAGGUGCUCACGCGCGAUCCGCGCUCCGUCAUCCAGUACACCAACCAGCCGUCGGACCUCCCGGACAAGGGCGAGAUUGCUGCGGCGACGCGCAACGCCACGCUGCCCGGCGGCGUCGCGUGGUCCGACUGGGCCGUCCACCGCCUCGACUGGACCCCCGAGCGCAGCGUCUGGUACGUCGACGGGCGCGAGGUGGCCAGCAUCGCGCUGCAGGUGCCGCGGGACCCAGCGGCCGUCAACUUCAACGCGUGGAGCGACGGCGGGUCGUGGAGCGGCAACAUGACCGUCGGCGACGAGGCGAGCCUGCAGAUUCAGUGGAUUGAGAUGCUGUACAACAGCACGGAGACUGCUGACAAGCGGUCCCUUGGCGCAUCAACCGGCGGCAGCAGGGUGGUCCGCAGAGGUGGAACGCACAGUGCAUGCAAAGUUGUAUGUACGAUUGAUGAUACCGCAGAGGUUGGCAGGGCGGCGUUGGCGUUUAAUAGCACGGGGAGCGGUGCCACUUCCAACACCAGAGUUGCUGGUGUGGGUGGUGUUCUGACGUUUGGAUGGGGUGUCGCAGCAGUCUUGUACACAAUAUUAUGA